CGCUGCCGGAAAGAUUCGGACCGUCUGCGCAGGCGCGUCAAGUGGGACACGGUGGUGCCUUAGUGGCACUUUUUGGGAGAGGAGUUGCAACCUGGCAGCAAUGGAGCGGGGAAGAGGAGCAGCAACCAUGAAAUCGGAGGCUUCCCAGCUGAGACAGCGCAAAAGUCGCAAUGUUACGUCUGCGCCAGAGCGGCCCAAACCGCGAGCACGUCAAGAGAAAGGCGGUUUCAUGCGACGGGUGUUUGGUUUUGAUUGGUCAGAUCUCUCCAGUUGGCAUCGGUUUGUGAGUCUGAUGAACCGACCCACUGACCCCGCUGGCCUUGGGGUCUUCCGCUUCCUCUUUGGUCUGCUUAUGUUUUUGGACAUCCCCCAAGAACGAGGCCUCAGCUAUCUGGACCACAAGUAUCUGGAUGGGCUGGAUGUUUGCAGAUUCCCUCUCUUCAACUCCCUGAAACCUCUGCCUCUGGACUGGAUGUAUCUAACCUAUGUCAUCAUGUUACUGGGUGCCCUCGGUAUAACUCUUGGGUGCUUUUACCGCCUCAGCUGUCUAUGUUUCCUCCUGCCAUAUUGGUAUGUGUUCUUCCUGGAUAAGACCACCUGGAAUAACCACUCUUAUCUCUAUGGACUGAUCGGCCUCCAGUUCACCUUGAUCAAUGCCAAUCGCUACUGGUCUAUUGAUGGGUUAUUUAGUCCUCGGAAGCGCAACGCACAUGUCCCACUAUGGAAUUACACUCUCCUCCGUACUCAGAUCUUCAUUGUGUAUUUUAUCGCUGGUAUCAAGAAGCUGGAUGCGGACUGGGUGGAAGGGUAUUCUAUGGGCUCGCUGUCACGUCACUGGCUGUUUGAUCCAUUCAAGCUGUUUCUGUCGGAGGAGAUGACGAACCUUGUCGUUGUGCACUGGGGGGGACUGAUCCUCGACCUGACGGCCGGAUACCUUCUCUUCUUUGAUGUCACACGUCCCUUCGCCAUGUUUUUUGUUUCUUACUUCCACUGCAUGAACUCUCAGCUUUUCAGCAUAGGCAUGUUCUCAUACACUAUGUUGGCCACCAGCCCGCUGUUCUGCUAUCCGGAUUGGCCCCGACGACUGGUGUCUAGGUUACCCCGCUGUUUGCACUGGGCACUUCCUCACACGCAGCCACCGCAGAAGAGCUCCGAAUGUGUCUACCCAGGACAGAAGGGAAAGGGCUCGCCAGGCCUACGACAGAAACUAGGAGCCAUCUUCACUGUUAUCUACAUAGCCGAACAGCUCUUCCUGCCCUACUCCCAUUUUGUCACCCAGGGUUACAAUAACUGGACAAAUGGCCUUUACGGUUACUCGUGGGAUAUGAUGGUGCAUUCACGCUCACACCAGCAUGUGAAGAUUACCUACAGAGAUGGAGUCACUGGGGAAGUUGGAUUUCUUAACCCAGGGGUUUUUACACAAACUCGACGCUGGAAGGAUCAUUCCGACAUGCUGAAGCAGUAUGCCACCUGCCUGCAAGGCCUGCUAGGAGCUUAUAAUAUAUCCGAGCCUGAAAUAUACUUUGAUGUAUGGGUGUCAAUCAAUGACCGCUUCCAGCAGAGGUUGUAUGACCCCACGGUGGACGUUGUGAAAGCCGAAUGGUCCCCCUUCCACAAAACUCCUUGGGUUAAACCGUUACUGGUAGACCUGUCACCGUGGAGAGCCAAAUUCCAGGAAGUUGAGGACAGUUUGGAUAAUCAGACCGAUGUGGUGUUCAUUGCAGAUUUCCCAGGCCUUCACUUGGAGAAUUUUGUGAGUGAGGAUCUGGGUAACACCAGUAUCCAGGUGCUGCAAGGUGAAGUCAAUGUGGAGAUUGUGAAGGACGCCAAGAACGUCACCCUGACACCGGGAGAGGGCAUGCAGUUGCCAGCAGGAGAAUACCACAAGGUGUACACCGUGUCACCGGGGCCCUCGUGUUACAUGUACCUUUAUGUGAAUACCACAGCGGUGACCCUGGAACAGAACCUCACCCGACUGCAGGAGCUGAAGGAGAAGGUGGAGAAUGGGAGUGAAACCUCACCCCUGCCACCCGAAUUACAGCCUCUCAUCUCCGGAGCAGUGGAAGAUCUCAACGUGUCGGAUCCCCUGGUGCUCACCUACCUCCGCAGACAGAGGCGGAUAGAAGAGUCAGAACGCAGGCGAAACACAACCGUAAUCCAGAGAUUUCACAGAUUUCUCAAUAAAAAGUAUUAUCUCCUGCGACGAAGUUUUCUUAUGACGACCAUUUCUCUCCGGAAUCUCGCAUUCGGAAAGCCGCCCCUGGAGCAGCUGGCCGCAGAGGUGGCCUUUGCCAACAUUAAGUAUGAGGAGCAAAGACAGCAGGAAGGGAAGCAGCAGGACCACACUGUGAGCGAACCUACAGAGCUGUGACCACUUACCCUUCACUGCGCCGGACUGUUUGUGUUUUUAUACAGAGUUUUAACUGAUACUUUUCUACGUGGAUUUUACACUACAUGAUGCAGCAAAAAUAAAGAUAUUACUACUUUA